AUGUUUGCAAAAUUAAGAAAUAAAGUAUCUACUCCACCACCUCCAGUUGCUACUACUGGUUCACCAACUUCUUCUUCAUCGGAAAUCACCACCACCACCAACGAAAAAUCAUCUAGUACCGCUAGUUUAUCCACAGUUUAUAUACCAUUUUCUACUCCUUCAUCCGAAUCACAUAUCCCUUCAGAACCAGAAUUAACUCAAGAACAAAAAGAUAAAUAUUUACAUGUAUUGAAACAUUUCCAACAAUCAGAUUUAAAAAUUGCUAUUAGUGAAGAAACUCAUAAACAUAAACGAAAAACUAAAGAAUUAACUAUUGGUGAAAAAUCUUGGAUCACUAGAGAAUGUAUAUUACGUUAUUUGCGAGCUACUAAAUGGCAUGAAUCUGAGGCAAUUGAUCGUAUUGAAUUAACCUUAAGUUGGAGACGUGAAUUUGGUAUAUCCGAACCAUUUGAUAAUGAAAAUAAAGUUAAUGGUGAAUUAGUUAGUGAAGAAAAUGAAACUGGUAAAGAAGUCAUAUUAGGUUAUGAUAAUGAUUCACGUCCCUGUUUAUAUUUAAAACCAGGUCGACAGAAUACUAAAACUAGUGAACGUCAAGUUCAACAUUUAGUUUAUAUGUUGGAAAGAGUCAUUGAUUAUAUGCCUGCGGGACAAGAUUCAUUAGCGUUAUUAAUUGAUUUUAAAGCACAUCCUGUUGGUACUCAACUGGGGAAAAUCCCUCCUGUAGGAAUUGGUAGACAAGUUUUACAUAUUUUACAAACUCAUUAUCCUGAAAGAUUAGGUAAAGCAUUAUUAACAAAUAUACCUUGGUUAGGUUGGACUUUUUUGAAAAUUAUUCAUCCAUUUAUUGAUCCAUUAACUAGAGAAAAAUUAGUUUUCGAUCAACCAUUUAUAAAUUAUGUACCUAAAGAACAAUUGGAUAAAGAUUUUGAAGGAUUAGUUAAUUUUGAAUAUGAUCAUAAAAAAUAUUGGGAUGUAAUGAUAAAAAUAUCUCAAGAUAAAAAACAUCAAUAUUUUGAACGAUUUGAAAAAUUUGGUGGAAUCGUUGGAUUAAGUGAAGUUGAUUUAAGAGGUAAUAAUGAAGAAUUAAUUCAUCCCGUUGGAACCAUCUAA